CGGAAGGCGGUCUAAAAUGGCGAACCGUACUGUGAAAGAUGCGCACAGCAUCCACGGCACCAACCCUCAGUAUCUGGUGGAGAAGAUCAUUCGGACGCGCAUUUAUGAGUCCAAAUACUGGAAAGAGGAGUGCUUUGGCCUUACAGCUGAACUUGUAGUCGAUAAAGCCAUGGAGUUAAGAUUUGUGGGUGGUGUCUAUGGUGGCAACAUAAAGCCAACUCCCUUUCUGUGUUUGACCUUGAAGAUGCUUCAGAUUCAACCCGAGAAGGAUAUCAUUGUAGAGUUUAUCAAAAAUGAAGAUUUCAAGUAUGUCCGCAUGUUGGGAGCACUUUACAUGAGGUUGACAGGCACUGCAAUUGAUUGCUACAAGUACUUGGAGCCUCUAUACAACGACUAUAGAAAAAUCAAGAGCCAGAACCGAAAUGGAGAGUUUGAACUGAUGCAUGUGGAUGAAUUUAUUGAUGAACUACUGCACAGUGAGAGAGUCUGUGAUAUCAUUCUGCCCCGGCUACAGAAACGCUAUGUGCUAGAGGAAGCUGAGCAACUGGAGCCUCGGGUUAGCGCUCUAGAAGAGGACAUGGAUGACGUGGAGUCCAGCGAAGAGGAGGAAGAAGAGGAUGAGAAGUUGGAAAGAGUGCCGUCACCUGAUCACCGCCGGAGAAGCUACCGAGACUUGGACAAGCCCCGACGCUCUCCCACACUACGCUAUCGGAGGAGUAGGAGUCGGUCUCCCAGAAGGCGGAGUCGGUCUCCCAAAAGAAGGAGCCCCUCCCCUCGCCGAGAAAGGCAUCGGAGCAAGAGUCCAAGACGUCAUCGCAGCAGGUCCCGAGACAGACGGCAUAGAUCCCGCUCCAAGUCCCCAGAUCUAAGAAAAGCCACAAGAAGAGCCGGAGAGGGAAUGAGUAACGGACUCAGUUUGGUUUUAGUCCAAGUGGCCUUCUGUGGAGAUAAAGGCAUCUGUCUAUGUGGAAGAAUGAAGAUCUACUCCCCAGGCAGCUAUGAGAAUAUUCUGGAUUUUUUUUUUUUUUUUUUUUACCAAAAGUUUCUUCACUUUUUCUUUUUUAAAUGAAAGAGGUGCUGAGUUUUGUAUCUUGUUUUGAAACAUAAUCCACAUGUUUGUUUGAGAGAUAAUGCUUCCUAAGGGCUGCUUUUGACCUCUUUGUACAACCAACCUUGUUUGCACUCAAAUUUAUGAGGGCAGAAUGGAUUGGAACAGAAGGUAUGAAGCAAGGGGAGGAUGUGGCCACCUGGUGACCCUCUUGUUAUUAAAUUUGACACACCCAUUUCCUGUUUUUCUGUGGUUUAGUUUUGGUUUACACUGUGAUUAGAACUGUUCUGAGAAUCCUGAGAUUUGUGCUGCUGCUUGCUGUACCGUUAAAAAACCAAGUCAGUAAAAUAUAUUAGCUCCAAGUUUUAUUUCUAGCAGCAGCAAGUGGUAAUAAACAUGAAAACUGACUGGUUAGCAGCAGCUUUAUAAGAAUGAAUUCAGUUGUAAGGCUUCUUCUGGAUCAUUUAACAGUUGCACUGAAUGUUCAACAAACAGUAAAACUUAACACUUUUUAUAUAGCAUUCUUCCACAGUGUUGUUUCUUCUUCCCCACAGCCUUGAAUUCCAGAUUAAGGUGCUCAGCGCCUUUAUACUAUGGGCACUGACAUUAUCAAAUCUAGGCAGUAGUAGUAGGGCAACUAGGUUGAAAAAAUUUGAUGGAGAGAAAAGUAUCUAAUGCCACUCAGGGUUUUAACCUGAGUUGCUGGACAAUAGCACCAUUCACAUAACCAUAAAAUACAGCAAGGAAGAGACCAGGUUUUAGAAGGGUAGGUAGUGAGAGUUGUGGUAGUAGUGAAAAUGAUGCAUUCAGUUUAACUUGAAGUUUAAUUUGAGACAGCUAAGGUAUAUCUAGAUAAAGCCCAGACAUCGUAAAUAAGAGCAUAGUGAUCCAACCCUGAAUUGACAAUGUUUAGGUAAUUGUGGAAGGUGUAGAACUGAAUGCAGUGCCCAGGGAGAUGUGUGUAUAUGUAAGAAAAGCCAGUAACAGAAUCAUAGGCAACAUCAGCACUGUUCAGGAAGAAGUGCAAACACCGAUUGAAAACUGAAAUGAAUCAUUCAGAAAGGUAGCGGAAAUAGAGUGGGUUUAGAAGCUAAGGACACAGAAGUAAAAUAAGGACUGAAUAGUGUCCACAGGUAUUGAUAAUCAAGAGGGUGUUGGGGUCUUUGCUAGAAGAGUUCUGUCUACCUGUUCUUACCUUUCCUCCUUUAAAAAGGAAAAAAUGAUCAAAUGAUUUCCAGCAGCUCUGUCCUUGGCAAGAAUUGUGAAGACCAACUGCCUCACAGGAUCCAGUUUCUUGGGAAGUCAUAUCUGGUCAUAGGAUAAACAUCCUAUUGCUUGCUGUUGAACUUAAGGACUUCUGCAUCAAUAUUAAAGCAUUUUGGGAUCAUA